UUAAAUCAGCUUUCAAUAAGUUUUAGUGAAUUUAAAGUUAAAUCAGUAUUUUUUGCCCGCGUAAACCAAAAAUUGGUGAACUUAAAUUUGUUGUGAAAAAGUGAUUCGAAUUUUUGUCUUGAGCAAAAGUGAUUUAUUUUCGUACUGAGAAUUCUUACUUAUCUUUGAUAUCAACUUGAAAGAGGUCUUGGUUGAUACAAAGAGUUCUAUUCUGAACAAUGACGAUGCUGAGGUUGUUAUUGAUCUGACUAAAGAAGCGUUAGAAAAUGAAUUUUUGAGAAGACCCAGUAAAGAUAACAUAGAAGAGAAUUUGCGAGUUAACAUAAUGAUCCCAAAAGGCAACUCUGAUCCUGUUGUUGAAGCCUUUCUUGAAGAUCCUUAUAACCCCAAUAAGAACCCAAAGAACAGGAUAAAUCUUGGAAUUAAAUCCAGCAUUCAUCCAAGAUCAAAAUAUAUCGAUAACAGAAUGUUUGAAGAACCUAAUGUGAACGAAAGGGUUCAGAUUGAAAAUCCGAUGAUUGAUAAUUUUGGGGGAGUUCCUGAAAAUAAUUCUGAAAAAUAUACUGAAAAUGAUUCUGUAAAUGAUUCUGAUUCUGAAAAUGACCCUAAAAAUUAUUCUGAAAAUGUUUCUGAAAAUGAUUCUAAAAAAGAUUCUGAGAAGGAUUCUGAAAAGGAUUCAGAAAAGGAUUCCGAAAAUGAUACUGAAAAUGAUUCUGAAAAUGAUUCUGUAAAUGAUUCUGAAAAUGGUCCUGAAAAUGAUUCAGAAAUUGAUUCUGAAAAUGAUACUGAAAAGAAUUCUGAAAAGGACUCAGAAAGGGAUUCUGAAAAUGAUUCUGAAAAUGAUACUGAAAAGAAUUCAGAAAAGGAUUCUGAAAAUGAUACUGAAAAUGAUUCUGAAAAUGAUUCUGAAAAUGUUUCUGAAAAUGAUUCUAAAAAAGAUUCUGAGAAGGAUUCUGAGAAGGAUUCAGAAAAGGAUUCUGAAAAGGAUUCUGAAAAGGAUUCAGAAAAGGAUUCUGAAAAUGAUACUGAAAAUGAUACUGAAAAGAAUUCUGAAAAGGAUUCAGAAAGGGAUUCUGAAAAUGAUUUUGAAAAUGAUACUGAAAAGAAUUCUGAAAAGGGUUCAGAAAAGGAUUCAGAAAAGGAUUCUGUAAAGGAUUCUGUAAAUGAUUCUGUAAAUGGUCCAAAUGAUUCAGAAAUUGAUUAUAAAAAUGGGCCUGAAAAUGGUUCUGAAAAUGAUUCUGAAAACGAUUCUGAAAAUGAUUCAGAAGAAGAAAUGAGCACAAUAGAGUAUGGAGAAGUAUUCACUGUAAGUACUACAACUGCAGAGGAUUACAACAGAAGUGAUCAUUUUAAUGAUUCUAAAUCUAGCAGCUCCCUUGAGGAAAGUGAAGACUAUAGUUUGGAUUCCGAGAUUAUGAUUGAAGAAAACACGGACAACAGUACACAAACUUUUAAAGAUGAGAAUACCACUGAAAAUUUAGAUGAAAUGAAGCCGAAAGGAGAUUUGAAGGCAAGCAAUGAGGAUCUUGAAGAAGAAAACCAUGAAAAGGAUGAGAGUCAAGAAAAUAGAAAAUACUCGGAACCUUCCGAAGAAACCGGUAGUGAGUCCCUUAGCAGUGCUGAAACUGAUAUGAGUGCAGAAAAUAAGACAGAUGAAAGUUCUGCUCUAGUCCUGGAUGAAGAUGAAGCUGACACUUUACGUGCAUUUAUUCAAGAACAUAUUGCUGAGCUUCUUAACAAUCAAACUGAAACUAAUUCUUCUUCAAACAGAAUAAUAAAUUUGGCUGAAGAUACUGAUCCCUCUGAUACUGAUCCCUCUGAUGAAGGUAUUGCAUUGCAAAACCAAAAUAUCAAGCGUAAAGUCAGAUCAAAUGAGUCUGAAUCGUCAGAAUCAAAUGAGCAGAAAACUGAAUCGAAAGAGCAGAAAACUGAAUCGAAAGAGCAGAAAACUGAUUUGAAAGAGCAAAAAACUGAAUCAAAAGAGCAGAAAACUGAAUCGAAAGAGCAGAAAAUUGAUUCAAAAGAGCAAAAACAAGGAUCUAUUGAUACUUCAGCACAUUCGACACCAAACAUAACCAAGUCGGAAGAAAAAAGUAAAAUGUUGUUGAAUAAGAAGGAAGCAGAUCAACUUAUUGCUAUAAUCAAAGACGCUUUAGAAAACCUGGGAGGAAGUAUAAAAUCUGAAGACAAACGAAAAAUAAUAAAAAUAAUUCAAAAUAGAAUUCUUACUGAGAAAAAUAUUACAAAUCAUAGAAAGUUUCGGAUGGAGAUUUUACCUCAGCUAAUUGAAAAAACAGAAAAAAGAAGAAAACACGCGAAUGACUCGAAUGCUACAAAUACAGACAAAACAGAGGUAGGAACAAGGACGACAAUGCCUGCCGUGGAUAAUUUUUCUCGAAGUAUUAUGAAAAAAUCGAUCCCAAUGAAAUCAGCGAACAUGAGUAAAGGGGAACUUGAAAAACAUUCAAACCUGACUUCAACAGAGUUUCUGAAAACAACUGUCAAGAUACCCACGGACCAUGUAGAUAAAUGAGAAUAAUGACAAAUUAAAAUAGUUUUGAAAUACAAAAUAAAACCUAC